AUGUUAGCGUCGGUUAGCAUGCCUUUCGCGAAGCGUCAUGGGCUGAUGGGGCUCCUUGGCCCAUUUGGCCCUUUAGACUUCCGGCCGUCAGGUGAGCUGGCAGGAAUCGAAGCUCGGCUGGACAGAAUCUCAGAGCAGGUGGAAGCUUGCCUCACGGAGCUCAGAGACCCUCCCAAGCUCAGGCGGCAACUCACCCGCAACAGCACUCGAGGAGACCUGUGCAGCGUCGUUCCAGAGGAGGCGCCGUCUUCCGCGGUCUCCUUGCGGAAGCAGAUGAUCCCCUUUAACCAGGCCACGCCACUGGUGUGCUGGAACCGGGGCGACACUGAAGAUGAUGUUGUCAGCCUGGACGGUGGGACGUCCCAGGACGCCUCUGCCCGGCCGUUGCCACGACGAACAGGCAAGCCCGCAAGAAGCUUGGACCUUCGAGUGGCUUCGCAAUUCCGGCAGGUGUCCGCUCAGGUAUUGAGUGUGGAAAGCAUGCCCCAAGAGGAGAGGCCCAUGAUUCGCCUGAUUCGCCGCCAUCGCUGUGACAGUGUUUGGGAGUUGCUCGAGGACCCGAACUCAAGCAGAGUGGCCUGGUGGACAUCACAGGUAUUGAAAGUACUUGUCAUCCUCAGCUUCCUCACGACAAACUUGCAACUCACUCAGGAUAGGAGGCAGUUCUAG